AUGGUCGGGAUCCCACGAAGCAAGGGGUGCCGGAUAUGUGUUCAGCGUCGGGUGAGGUGCGAUCUGACACGCCCGAUCUGCAACAAUUGCAAGAAGGGCAAUCGUCCCUGCCCAGGAUACGAUUCUGAUCUCAGAAUCCACGAUGAAGGCUCCAGGCUCAGGAAGCGUUUCGCUCAGAAGGAUGCGACCGGGUCUCAACUCGGCUUUGAUAGCGAGUCGCCCGCAACAUCGACGAGUCACCACAGUCGGUCCGCAGAAUCGUCUCCAGAAGAAGUGCUAGAGUUGAUUGCUCGUUCCAAGACUCCCGACUUGGAAGAGCAACUUUAUCAGCACGGCCAGUGGCCAGAGGCCGGCAGCACCUUCGCUGACUUGAUGCCGAAUCAGGUGUUCCCUGAAGCCGACACCUCGUCCAGUCAGGUAUCAUUCGCAGGCUUCCCUGGCCUCCUGAAUGGCGGAUCCAUCAAUCUUGACAUGACAUUCUUUAUGGCUCUCAAUGGCAGUGUCUACUCUCCGUAUCUGGCGCAAGAACAACUUCUCAGCACCUUCUCAUCCUCCUUGAGUGGUCACGGUCCACUUCUCCUUCCUCCUCAGAUGCGGAGCCACCAAAACUGGCUCUCUCAAUUACCGCGCAUGUUCGGUUCGAAACUCCUCGACACCACUAUCCGAGCUGUAUCUCUGGUCCACUUAGGCCGGGUUCAGCAGUCAGAGGUCUUUGUGCAAGAAUCGAGACGAUUCUACGGCAACGCUCUUCGCCUGCUCAACAAAGCCCUCACUACUGACACAGACGGCAUGUCGACUGAGACACUGUCCGCGACCAUCCUGCUCUCAUUCUACGAGAUGUUUGCUUCUGACUCGAAUGACUCAUGGGUGCGUCACUCCGGCGGCGCCGGAUUGCUGAUGCGGCUCCGCGGACCAACUCGACAUCUAAGCGGCUUGGAUCGGGAUGUCUAUCUCGCUUAUCGACAUACCAUCAUCAUCGAUGCAUUUAUGAGAGAUGAGCCGUGCUUUCUGGCCGAGCCACAGUGGCUCGAGAUGGCUGAGAGGAUUCACAACGACCUGCGAGCCUCUGGCAUCGCUGACGAGCGGCUCGAAAUCUUUGAGCUUGCCGAAGAAUUCUACCUCGAACAUGUACAAAUCCCCACGACGCUCAGGGAUGCCAGGCAUCUGGAGGAGUCUAAACGGAAGAUGACACCUGACCAGUACGCAGCCCACACUGAAUUGGUGCUGGCGCGAGCACGACUGCAUAGGGCAAAUCUGAAAUCUAUCAAUCUGAGGUUCCGAGCGGCGCUCAUGAGAAAUGGACUCGAGACAUCCUCAAUGGACACCAUGGACCCCGUCUUUCCCAAACAAUACGUUUUCGCGAACGUAUUCGUCGCAUCGCAAUACAUAGGCCAUUGGACGAUCAUGCUGAUCCUGAAUCUCAUCCUCAAGGAUAAUGAAAAGGAAUUUGCGCCCGAGAAGAACUCGCUGUACCUGAUGGAAAACCGAGAGAUGUGCCGGGACAUCUGUCGGACCACUCCAUUCAUGCUGACGUCGUCAUUUCUGGGGCCUUUCUUUGUCAUUUUCGCCUUGAGGCUAUGCUUGAUGGUGUUUGAGCCAGGGCAAGAGAGGGAUUGGGUCGUCCGCAAACUCACUCAAAUAGGUGACACGCAUAUGAAGAUGGCUGCAGAUAUACCGACCUUCGAACCCGAACACAGCCUGCAGGAGCCAGAUACGCAGCAUCCAGAUGCAGCAAGACUGGAAGAAUUUGCUUGA